CGGACGGAGGCCGCGUGUGGCGGGCCGGGCCCUGGGGCACAGUGAGGCUGCGGCAACAGAAGUUGCUUGUUGGGAUUUGUUGUGGAUGGACGUGGUGUAGUUUUGUUUAUUUCUUGGAUUUUCUCCCCUGGUCCAAGAGAAAACGCAUUGUAAGCUAAACCUGUGAGGGCGUGAUGGUGGCCACACUUUGAUUAACUUACCUAGGUGUUGGGGAGCAGGAAAAAGUCAGAGGAGAUAAAAGUUAAGAGGUGAGAUUCCAUGCGAUUAAGGACUGUGGCAGCGUGGGUCUGCAGAGCUUCUAGAACCUUCUGUGUGGCCCCAAAUGUUUUUAACUUACUCUUCUCCCGUCAUACAUUUUUAAGGGAGGCAGCAGUUUACAGUGGCCCUCCACGUGAAGUUAAGUUUCCUUGCUUCAGAACACUAAAAGAGCAAAAAUGAAUAAAACAAAACCAACCCAGCAAUCCAUUGAGACCAAAGAUUAGAGAGGAGUGAGGGGUAGGCAGUAAGUUACCGGGUGCUUCGUGCAGUAAAGACGUUGCGGCUUCUCUUUAUCCCCUGACCUGGCGGACGGGAUUCCGCGGUUCCGUUUGUCUCUCAGGAGCCGCAUAACAAGUAACACACCUCUCUCCAUGUCUUCAGAACGUUGAGGGCAUGUUCUCAACCACUUCACUCGCUCUCCCCUAGUCAGAAAGAAAAGAUUUUUUCCUAAAGGAAUGGGGAGGAUGUUACUCCACCCCGCCUUCCUUCAAGCUGAGUCAUUGUCCUCAAACUUGAAUUAAUGCCUCACAUGUGGGUUGAAGCUUUGAGAGAAGCAGCAACUGCUGUUGAGCAAGAGAAAGAAAUCCUUCUGGAAAUGAUCCACAGUAUCCAAAAUAGCCAGGACAUGAGGCAGAUCAGUGACGGAGAAAGAGAAGAAUUAAAUCUGACUGCAAACCGUUUGAUGGGAAGAACUCUCACCGUUGAAGUGUCAGUAGAAACAAUUAGAAACCCCCAGCAGCAAGAAUCCCUAAAGCAUGCCACAAGGAUUAUUGAUGAGGUGGUCAAUAAGUUUCUGGAUGAUUUGGGAAAUGCCAAGAGUCAUUUAAUGUCGCUCUACAGUGCAUGUUCAUCCGAGGUGCCACAUGGGCCGGUUGAUCAGAAGUUUCAAUCCAUAGUAAUUGGCUGUGCUCUUGAAGAUCAGAAGAAAAUUAAGAGAAGAUUAGAGACUCUGCUUAGAAAUAUUGAAAACUCUGACAAGGCCAUCAAGCUAUUAGAGCAUUCUAAAGGAGCUGGUACCAAAACUCUGCAACAAAAUGCUGAAAGCAAAUUCAAUUAGUCUUCAAACCCAACAGCAUUUACACAAUACACAUGGUGUAAAAAUGAUAAAAUAUUAUUUUAAUUGAUAACUAGUUCUUUAUGUUAGAUAUAACCACUUAGUUGAUACUGACAGUUGUUUCAGAUGAGGAAAAUAUUCCAUCAAGUAUCUUCAGUUUUGUGAAUAACAAAACUAGCAAUAUUUUAAUUAUCUACCUAGAGAUUUUUUAGAUUGAAUUCUCGUCUUGUACUAGGAUCUAGCAUAUUUCACUAUUCUGUGGAUGAAUACAGUUUGUGGGGGAAAACAAGUGUUCAGCUAGGGGCAAAAGCAUCAGUGCUUUUUCCUGUGCUUUGGCGUGGAAUCACGCAGUCACCUUGGGCAUUUAGUUGACUAGAAAUUCUUUACCUUAAGCAGCACACACAUUUACUACACACACAGUGUUAACAAAGCACUGUGCUUAGAGGGAUAAAAAGGAAUCACAAAACAAGAAUCUUUCCAAAGUUGUCUCAUUCCGCAAUGUUAAGGCAUCUAUAUCAAAUUAUUUUGGAUGUAAAGAUUCCUGUGUCUCAUAAUAUGAAUGUAUUUUUUGAUAUACAAGAAACUAUGACAUAAAAUGUGAGAAAACCACCUAUAAUUUGCCACUGUGAACAAUUAUAUAUCUGCUUCAUCUUUUCUCAAAUGCAUCAAUUCUCUAGAAUUCCUAUAUUGUAACUUGCCUUUUUUAAAAAGUUAGAUGCUGAUAUAAAGCCUGCUUGUCAACUUAAUGAGCUCUAUUUUGUGUAGUUAUAUCUUUCUUUAUCCAUUCCCAUCUUACGGACAUUUAGGUUGCUUCCAGCUUGUUGCUAUUACUGCAACAUAUUUUUGUACGCAGGGCUUUUUCCUUCUUUUGUUUUCAAUUUUCUCUGUAUAAAGGCCCAGCAGUGAAUUAUAUUGGAUCAAAGGGUAUAGACAUUUUCAUGGUCUCACACACUUAUUAAAAAUUUUUUGUACAAAGGUUA